UAGACCUUCUGUGGGUUACAAUGUAGCUACGUCUAAGUGUCUGUUCGGUUCUCCAAAAGCGAACGCGAACGCCAUUCACAGUUAAUCGCUGUUUUUUGAAUCAACGGAAAACGUUUACCUAUUAAUUAUUCUUCUUUCUGUCUUUAUAGAAUCACUCGCAUAACUAAGAGUUGUUCACCAUUUGUGUCGUGUCGUUAUUGGUAACAAAUCAACCAUUUAGUAACAGAAGGGGCGUUUUCAUUACUUGUUAUGGAAAUUAUAUCUAUUAACGGGAAGAACUCUCUUCCGUACGAUUUUCAAAAAUUCUGUAAAUACUUAGAAAAUGAGCAUUGUUUGAACGAGGAUAAACUGACACAAGAUAUAAACGAACUCGCGCUUGCUCGUGAUCAGCUUUCAAAAAAACGGUAUUCGGAUAACUAUCUUGUACUUUUAGACAAAUAUGAGGCAAUGUUGCGAGUACUAGAACAGAAGUAUUCUAACGCGGUUCCAUAUCCAUUUGCCUGGAGUACGUCUAUUUCCCCUUCACGAGUGGAGCAAUUUUCUUCUCUGUACUUUGAACACGGUUCUUUAUUGUUUCAAAGAGCUGCUGUAUGUACACAGCUUGCCCAAGAAUGUAUGCAAAAUGAUGUCGUCGAUUCCGUUAAAGCUUGUCAGUAUUUACAAGCAUCCGCGGGUACUUUCAAAUUUAUCUACCAAAAAUAUGUCUUUCCUGAUUCGGAGGAUUUACGUUUAGAGUUACUAAAAGGCUACGAACAUGUUUGUCUUGCUUAUGCACAAGCAUGCGUACUUUUUAAAGCAAUUGAAAAGAAAUCCGUUCGUGUUUCUAUUCUAGCAAAAAUUGCUUCACAAGUUGCUGUAUACUUCACUCAAGCUGAAAGCUAUAUGCGUCAGGCGGAAUCCGUACCUAAUUACAUAUUUGUUUUGUUAAAGACAAACUAUUUUUACUACAAAGCGAUAGCUCAUCAACACUUUGCAAAGGUUGCGCUUGAAAGCUCUAAGUUUGGUGUGCAGGUUGGUCAUCUUAACUGCUUAAUAGAUGCUUGCAGAAAUGUUCUCAAGCAGUCUUCCAUUCCGUCUACAAAUACCAUUAAAACAAAUGCACAGGACUUGCUGACUAUAGUAGAACCAGAGCUGACGAUAGCAAUGAGAGACAAUGAUCUCAUUCAUCUGGAAGCUGUACCAACGUCCAAAGAAUUAGCCUCGCUGGAGAAAAUAGAUAUGGUGCGUUCCAUUGUGCCCCAAAACUUGGAGGAUGAACCGAAAGUGAAUGCAUGCUUCCUAGAUGCUUUAGUCUCUACUUCGGUAUAUUUAAGAUAUAAAAAUUUGUCUGAACGUGCUAUUUCUUUGAAGAAGGAUGCAAUCAGCAAGUUGGAAACUUUAACUGAUGCAGGUAACGAGUUAGUUUCACUGUUUGAGAUCUCUUUGCAGAAACAAACCUCAUCUUCCUUUUCUCAAAACGCGUACAAUGAUAUUAUCCAUUAUUCUAAGGAGAUUAAACGACUUGGAGGAACUUUAGUACUGUCAGAGGCCGAAAAUCAACUUAACCAAUUAAUACAAAAAACUACAAAAACUCUUACUGAAUCGAAAAAGCUGCUACAGCUGGAUGAUAGUCAGGAUUCGGCCCUUCGUUUGAAGUAUGGUACGGACCGCUGGAAACGUGAAGCAACAGAACAUGCCGCAAGAAGUCUUCUUUUAACUCUGCAAGAACAUGAACUAAGUUUGCGUAACGCUUGUGAGGGAAAAGCGAAUUUGGAUACAAAGUUGCGGAAAUAUACGUCCGUCCUCCUUUAUCUUGAAAGUGACACAAAACAGCUUUUUUCGCAAUUGGAAAACAACAGUAAUCCUCCCUCAGCAGAUGAGUUACGUUUACGUGAAGAUGUUCAGUCAAGUUUAACCACUUGGAAACAGAUUCAAAGUCAUCGGCAAGAAUUACAUUCAAUUUCUCUUCCAGAAAAUACCCUGGAAUUGCUUAAUCGUGGCGGGAAAGAACAAGCUGAGUUGUUGAUGAAAAACUUUCAGCAAGAACUUCACAAUCAGUUUAAUAUCGAACAGCAGGAACUUGAACAGAGUUUGCUUUUUGAAAAAAUACAGGCUCAGCUUUCGCAACUUCAGACAAUGCGAUCAUUAACGAAGAAAGGAAAUGAUAUUGAAUCACUUUAUGAUCAACUAACUGAUGGUUACCAACGUUUUAUUGAAUUACGUGAAGAAUUAACCACCGGAUUGAAGUUUGUUAAUGACCUUUAUGACCUUGUUCAUCUUUCGCAUGGACGCUGUAUGAAAUUCUGUGAUAGCCGGAAUGUUGAAGCGAAGCAGAUUAUCUCUAAUUUAGAAAGCCGUGUGGAAUCUCCAACAAAGCUCCCGAAAGCCGGCGUUUUUGAUCCUACUGUACACAAAAUUCGUUUUCAAAAGAAGCGCGAAUAGAAACAUAUAUACGAUUCCUUAUUAGAUAACUUAGCUAGUCAUGACAAUAUUAUUGAGAUAUCAUAUUAAACGCUAAUUGAUGAAACCAAC